AUGCCGGAUGAUGCCCCAGCAGCCCGAUCUCAUUCUGCAACAACAUCCCCCUCAAAUCCAGGCUCUCCACAUCAUACUACACCCAGAAGCGAGCAAGACGCUGGCUUUGUACACCCAUCAUCAUAUCUCCGACCAAGGACCAUGUCUCGGUCUGCCUCUACCCCUGACAAAUCGCUCGACCACGAUGAAAGACAAGCACUGUGGCAUAUUCGGGAUUUCUUGAAAAAUCAUGCAAGUUAUGAUGUCUUGCCGCUCAGCUUUCGGCUUAUCGUAUUUGAUACUUCCUUAUCGGUAAAAGAGAGUUUAAAUAUCCUUAUCCAGAAUGGGAUUGUUUCUGCACCCCUCUGGGAUUCAAGUACUUCCACUUUUGCAGGGUUGCUUACGACGUCGGACUAUAUAAACGUGAUCCAAUAUUACUUUCAAAAUCCAGCAGCACUGGCAAAAAUAGAUCAAUUUCGUCUGAGUAAUCUUCGAGAAAUCGAACGGGCUCUAGGAGUUGCGCCGCCAGAAACAAUCUCGAUCGACCCCGAGAAGCCUCUGUAUGAAGCGUGUCGGUAUAUGUUGUCUUCGAGAGCGCGUAGGAUACCGCUAGUAUCUCAUGACAGCCAGACCGAUAGGCCCACCGUCGUCAGCGUUGUCACACAAUAUCGAAUCCUCAAGUUUAUGGCUGUCAAUGUACCACAAACUCAGAAUUUACGGAAACCAUUGAGAGAGAUUGGACUAGGAACAUACAAGAAUAUAGUCACCGCGUCGAUUGAUACCCCUGUUAUAAAUAUUAUCCACAAGCUGGUCGAGCGCAGCAUUUCCAGUGUUCCUAUUGUCAAUUCCGAAGGCGUCGUCUACAACGUUUUUGAAGCCGUGGAUGUGAUCACAUUAAUAAAAGGGGGCGUGUACGAUGACCUUAAUCUGCCGGUUGGGGAGGUGCUUAGAAAACGAUCAGCCGACUUUCCCGGUAUCUAUACGUGCUCUACUGAAGAUGGGCUUGAUACCAUUCUUGACACCUUACGAAAAUCUAGAGUUCACCGUUUCAUAGUGGUAGACGAAUAUUUCCGACUAAAAGGCGUUCUGACACUUAGUGAUAUCCUUCAUUAUCUAAUCAUUGAUGGUGAUGGUCUAACAGGAAGUUCAAAGCGCCCCCCCCCUGUACCGGAUAUGCUCGAUAUGAAUGUUACGGAUCGAUUACUUUCACAGUGCCCCCGAAAUAAAAGCACUGGUUCCGAUCAGGCUAAGAAUCAGAGCAAAGUAGGAACAAUAACCUUGAUCAAUGAUGUUGACUACCUUCCAAACGACACAAGACAACGCAGCCUCAGACUCGGACCGCACGGCGACGCUUACCCUGAUUCUGCCGUGCCCGUUACGCCCGUGUUCGAAACACCAAAGGCAUAUGAGUUGGUUCCAGCUAAAAGGUUUCGACGAUCACCUCAAGCCAGCGCUUUGUUUCCCGAAACAAAACAGGACGACUCUUCAGCCUUGAGAAACUUAAGUAAUCAGAGUCGUGUCUCAGAAAAGUCCAACAUUACUGUUCAUCACGACCCAUCAAAGCGAUGUGAGAGCCCAAUUGCGCUGGGUGCAGUUCUUUCUGAGAGCUCCUCAAAUCCAUUUUCUGAUAGCCAUGCGAUUCGCCGAAUGUCAAACAAGUCUUCUCAUAGCGUGCCUUGCCGAAGCAAUAGAACAGAAAUAGGAAGCUCUGAGGACUGCCCGGGCCCUGGUGUCAGGCACGAUAUCAAAAAGUCAGCCGCAAUGCCUACUACGCAGAACGGAAUUCGGGUGGAUUCCAGGCUAUCGAGCAACUCCUCCGACAUGGCUUCACGGAGAAUCUUAGAGGGCACUGACAUUGCACGUCGCGAAUUUGCGAGAUCCAGAGCAUUUCUAGCAUUUAAUUCAUCUGCUCCAUACUUUGAUCUAGAAGCAUUGGUUCCGCCUAGGAACGUAAUACAAAACAUCGAUAAACCGACCUUGAAGCCUCGCUCGUCUUUUUUUCUCCGAAUCCGGAAGGCAAAAUCAUCUUUGACAAUGGGGAAAAAUUACACUGUCAAGCAAAAACUUCGACACAUGAAAACAUUCACCAAUUUAGCGGCACAAUACCCUGCAGGAUCGCUGAUAGGCAAAGGGUUAGAGGACCUGUCGAGGCUGGGUGGGGAAAGUAUAUUAUCAAAGUUACCUCCGAGGUAUUUUCCAGGAGCCUUGAAACUUCCAACCUGCAUUGCUGCUACUGUGAGCGGGUUGCUCAACCAUGGCACUGCAGUUCCUUUUAUUCACAGUGAGCUUGGAAGCCAGGAGCUUGUUAGUACCUUAUACAGCCAUUACGCUGGUCAAGUCCUUGGCGCCGAAAGACUUAAACGCAAGAUCAGCAGAACCAUGAGAUCAAUUGAUCUCCCGCUAGUGUAUAUCAAUACACGUCGACAUGGCAAGAACGAUGAUUAUAUGCACGUCAUUUCGACAGUGCUUAAGCAGUUCCUCGCAGAACUUCCGGGAGGCAUUCUAGGAUCCAUGCGCUUAUACCAUGCACUAGAAAAAAUAUAUACAAAUCGAUUUUUGCAUGCAAACUGCCUUUACGAUCCGGGCCGAAAGGAUUACUUAUCUAAUGUCCCAUUUUCUUUAGCGGGACGAGUUAGAAUGAUCGCACUUGCAAUUCUGGCCCUGACUACAGACAUGCAAUUAGAGCUCAUCUGUUCCAUAUUCGGAUUGCUGUCAGUAACUGCAGAUGAAUCGCAUGUAAUGAAGGAAUUUCAUCUAGAGCACCUCCAUCCCAAAUCCCAAUGCGGGCGGUGCGAGGGGCUAGCAGAUACCAUUGAGCUGGGGGAAAGGUUUGGCCAGCUAUUGUGUGGAGUUGAAGGGCGAGAGUCUACCCUAAAUAAAAAGUCCUUCCAGGAAACGCAUACCAGCCAAGUAGCAACCAUGUUGAUCGACUUGUGGAAAGAUAUCUCACGACAGUUUUGGAAAUGGGAAGUCAUCAAAUCUUAG